AUGCCGAAGGCAAAUCACUCCAUAACGACUGGAUUUAUUCUCAUGGGGUUUACAGAUCACCCAGACAUAAAGGUUCUUCUGUUUGUGGUGUUCUCUGCCAUCUAUCUGGUCACCAUGGUGGGGAAUCUAGGGUUGGUGGCCUUGAUUUACAUGGACCGCCGUCUUCACACACCAAUGUACAUCUUCCUGGGCAACCUGGCUCUCAUGGAUUCCUGCUGUUCCUGUGCCAUCACUCCCAAGAUGUUACAGAACUUCUUUUCUGAGGACAGAAAGAUUUCCCUCUAUGAAUGCAUGGCACAGUUUUAUUUUCUCUGUCUUGCUGAGACUGCAGACUGCUUUCUUCUGGCAGCAAUGGCCUAUGAUCGCUAUGUGGCAAUAUGCAGUCCCCUGCAGUACCACACCCUGAUGUCAAAGAAACUCUGCAUUCAAAUGACUAUAGGAACCUUCAUAGCUAGUAAUCUGCAUUCUGUGAUUCAUGUAGGACUUCUAUUAAGGCUAACUUUCUGCAGGUCUCAUCAAAUUGAUCACUUUUUCUGUGAUAUCCUUCCACUCUAUAGACUAUCCUGUACCGAUCCUUUCAUUAAUGAACUAAUGAUAUAUAUUUUUUCAAUGCCAAUUCAAAUCUUUACCAUUUCUACUGUUUUGAUCUCUUAUUUUUGCAUUAUUAUUGCAAUUUUCAAAAUGAAAUCCAAGGAAGGGAGAGGUAGAGCAUUUUCUACUUGUGCAUCCCACUUUUUCUCAGUCUCAAUAUUCUACAUUUGUCUCCUCAUGUAUAUUCGGCCUUUUGAAGAAGGGGAUAAAGAUAUACCAGUGGCAAUCUUUUACACUAUCGUAAUUCCCUUAUUAAACCCUUUUAUAUAUAGUCUGAGAAAUAAGGAGGUGAAAAAUGUACUAAAAAAUAUUCUGCAGUCUUAUAACAUUCUUAAACAAACUUCAUCACCUAUAGCUAAUUAA